AUGUAUCCCUUGCUCAGCUCUUUAUUUCUGUUCGUCUGUGGAUUUCUGACUUUAAUAGGACUCAUUUUCAAUGGAUUUGUUGUGAUAAUAAACUGCAUUUGGUGGCUACAAUGUAAAAAGAUACAAACAGUUGAUAUUAUUAUAACAAGUUUGGGACUAGCCAGAUUUUUUCUUCUGGUCACUGAGAUUUUUAAUGUAAAUUUUCUUAUCUUGAUACCCUUGGAAAGCAAAACUAAACCCAUUGCAGAAACGUUUCUCGCACUCUCAGAGUUUCUAACCUUCUGUUCCAUCUGGUUUGCUACACUGCUCUGUGUUUUCUACUGCGUGAAGAUCACAAGUUAUAACUACAGACUAUUCAUCUACGUGAAACUGAACAUAUCCAGUAUGUUUCCUUGGUUGUAUUUGGUGUCUGUGGCAGCUUCAUUUAUAACCAGUGUGCCCUCUUUAUUAUCUGCCUUGCAAUUUCAUAUUGUAUAUUUUACAAAUGACUUCAGUAACACGAGUGAGGAGGAGAUUCACGUGAACAUAAAUAUGAUUGAUCAAUUUGCCACUGACAUUAUAGGGUCUUCCUUACCAUUACCAAUAUUUUGUCUUGCAAUUUCUCUUCUGAUUAGAUCCCUUUGGAACCACACCAGAAAUAUGACCAGCAAGGACUCAGGAUUCCAUAAUCCUGACAUUGAGGCUCAUUUUAGUGCAGUUAAAAAUUUGUUGUCCUUCUUGUUUUUCCAUAUCCUCUAUUUUGUUGCUGUAAACCUAUGGAGUUUUGUUAUAGAGACCAAAAGUGAAAUGUGGUUAUCAGUUCUUUAUAUUGUUUAUAUGGCUUACCCGAGUCUGCACACUGUUAUUUUGAUUUUUAGCAACAUAAAACUGAAACAAGCUCUUGUAUCACUUAGUUUCAAAUGA